UGUAUUCUGCACUUAAAAUCCAUGCACAACUCAACUCAAACUGGCCGCAUUUCAAACUCUCAGAAGUCAGGCAUAGACAGCUCUGCUUUCAAGAAACCGCCCAGACGCGCGGCUUGCAGACACACAGGCCUGCGAGAUUGAAAGGGUUAACCGCCCGCACGCCAGGAGGACCUGCGGAGUUGUAGACCUCAGCUCUGCGGAGCAUGCUGGGAGUUGUAGUCUGCGCCCGUCCACUCUUGGGUCCGGUGGGCGUUGUAGGCCUCGGGCUUGCGGAGCAUGCCGGGAAUUGUAGUCCGCGCCCGCUUGUGGCGGGGUCUGCGUAUCAUGGCCGUCUACGCCGCGCUCUCUCAGUCUUCCGCUUGGCCCCAGAAAGUUUCGGUUCUGCCCAGCGGUGGACCCACGAGCGCGUGCCAGCAUGGGGUCUGACCUCUGCUGACCGGACCACCGGGCAGGAGGUGCGCCGCCAGGCCAGGCGGCCUGCAGCCCGUCGCCAUGGCCUCGGCCAGCGUGGAGAGCCAGCUCCAGAGGAUCAUCCGCGAUCUGCAAGGUGCUGUGACAGAACUGAGCAAAGAAUUUAAGGAAGCAGGGGAACCCAUCACAGACGACAGUACCAGCUUGCAUAAGUUUUCUUACAAACUCGAGUAUCUCCUCCAAUUUGAUCAGAAGGAGAAGGCCACCCUCCUGGGCAACAAGAAGGACUACUGGGACUACUUCUGCGCCUGCCUGGCCAAGGUGAAAGGAGCCAACGAUGGGAUCCGAUUCGUCAAGUCCAUUUCGGAGCUCCGCACAUCUCUGGGGAAGGGAAGAGCAUUUAUCCGCUACUCCUUGGUGCACCAGCGGCUGGCCGACACCUUGCAGCAGUGCUUCAUGAACACCAAAGUGACCAGCGACUGGUACUACGAAAGAAGCCCCUUUCUGAAGCCGAGGCUGAGCUCGGACAUUGUGGGCCAGCUCUAUGAGCUGACCGACGUUCAGUUUGACCUGGCGUCCAGAGGCUACGACUUAGAUGCCGCCUGGCCGACGUUUGCCAGGAGGACACUGUCCCCCGGCUCCUCUGCCUACAUGUGGAAGCCCCCCAGCCGAAGCUCCAGCAUGAGCAGCUUGGUGAGCAGCUACCUGCAGACUCAGGAUAUGGCCUCCAGCUUUGACCUGAGCAGCACCUUUAACAACGAGGCCCUGGAGGGCUUCGAUGAAAUGCGGGUGGAGCUGGACCAGCUGGAGAUGCGGGAGAAGCAGCUGCAGGAGCGCAUACAGCAGCUGGACAGAGAGAACCAGGAGCUGAGGGCAGCUGUCAACUCGAAGGAAGAGCAGCUGCAAGUGGAGAGGGAGAAGGGUCGCUGUGCUGCCCAGGACAACGUUCGCCUCACGCACAUGGUGGCCGGGCUCCAGAAGCAGCUGGAGAUCACCCAGGCCACGCAGAACACCGUGACGGAGCUGCAGGCGUGCCUGCAGGCCCUGGAGCUGGGCGCUGCGGAGAAGAAGGAUGAGGACCGCCACUCGGGCCUGCAGCGACUGGAGCCCAUGCUGCAGCUGCUGGCACAGGAGCUCGAGGCCACCCGGGCCUCACUGGGCAGGAAGAACCAGAGUUUAGCCAGUGUCCCAGAUCCGCCGGGCACAGCUGAGCAGAAGGCCGAUGUGGCACUGGACACAGCGGGGCAGCAGCAGCAGCUCGUCCCCAGUGCCUCGGCCCGGGAGAUCCAGGAGCUGGGGGAGAAGCUUCAGGCUCUAGAACGAGAGAGCACCAAGGCCCAGGAGCUCAACCGGCAGCAGAGUGCCCGGCUGGAGCAGCUGGCCAACGAGCUGCAGCUGAAGGAGGAGGCCCGGGCGGGCCUGGAGCGCCUCGCAGGGGAGACGGCCUCACUCCAGGAGGAGCUGUCCGGGAAGAGGAAGGAGGCAGCCGAGCUCCAGCAACGGCUGCAGGAGGCACUCGCCCACUUGAACUCCGCGGAGGAAGAGCUGGCAGAGCUGAGGCAGGAGGAGAAGCGGCAUGGACAGGAGAAGGAGCUGCUGCAGCGAGAGGCCAAGUCCCUGGUGUGGCAGCUGCAGCUCCUGGAGACGCAGCUGGCACAGGUGAGCCAGCAUGUGAGUAACCUGGAGGAGGAGAAGAAGCAGCUCAUCCGGGACAAGGACCACCUCAGUGAGAAGGUGGGGACACUCGAGCGGCUUGCUGGGCAGCCGAGCCCAGGCCCGCCUGUGGCAGGUGAGGAGAGUGAGGCCCUGGACUCCACCCCUCGGGGCUCUGCCCCACAGCCGGCCUCGGAGAUGCCGGGGGAGCAGGGAGGCCUGCAGGAGGGACCGACAGGCGAUACCAAAAUGCAAGGGAGCAGCCAGGAGGAGGAGCUGCAGCAGGCCAACAGGGAGUUGGAGAAGGAGCUGCAGAGUGUGGUAGCGCGCAACCAGCUCCUGGAGGACAAGCUGCAGGCCCUGCAGGCUGAUUACCAGGCACUACAGCAGCGGGAGGCGGCCAUCCAGGGCUCCCUGGCUUCCCUGGAGUCCGAGCAAGCCAGCAUCCGGCACAUGGGUGACCAGAUGGAGGCCAGCCUCCUGGCUGUGAAGAAGGCCAAGGAGACCAUGAGAGCCCAUGUAGCAGAGAAGGAGGCUGCCCUGCAGAGCAAGGAGGUCGAGUGCCAGCAGCUGCGGGAGCAGAUGGAGCAGGGCCGGCAGCUGGCAGAAGCCCGGGAAGGGGAGCUCAAGGCCCUGGAGAGCCAGUGCCAGCAGCAGGCCCAGCUGAUUAAGACCCUCACAGCAGAAAAAGGCCAAGAGGGGCUCAGCUCACCUCAAGAAAACGCAUCUCAGGAGCUAGCUGCCCAGCUGGUCCUAUCUCAGGCGCAGCUGGAGGUCCACCAGGGAGAGGCUCAGCGAGUGCAGGCGGAGGUGGUGGACCUCCGGGCCAAGCUGCAGGCAGCGCUGGGUGACCAAGAGAAGGUGCAGAGCCAGCUGAGCGUGACCGAGGCAGCUCUGCAGGAGCACAAGGCCCUUGUGCAGCAACUGAAGGAGCAGAACGAAGCCCUCAACAGAGCCCACAUCCAGGAGCUGCUGCAGUGCUCAGAGCAGGAAGGGGCCCUGCAGGAGCAGAGGGCCCAUGAGUUCCAUCUGAAGAUGGAGGAGCUCCAUGCCCUGCGGGAGGAGCUGUCUCAGGCCAAAUGCAGCUCCCAGGAAGCCCAGCUGGAACACGCCGAGCUGCAGGAGCAGCUGCACCACGCCAACACGGACACCGCCGAGCUUGGCAUCCAGGUCUGCGCGCUGACUGCUGAGAAAGAGCGGAUGGAGGGCGUACUGGCUCGCACCAUCCAGGAGCUCCAGGAUGCCAAAGAGGUGGCCUCCAGGGAGCGAGAGGACCUGCUACACCAGGUGGCGGGCCUGCAGCGAGAGAAGGAGGGCUUGCAGGAGAAGCUGAAGGUGGCCGAGGAGGCAGCUAGCUUACUGCCUCGCCUGCAGGACCAGCUGGCCCAGGCCGAGCAGCGGGCCCAGAGCCUCCAGGAGACUGCGCACCAGGAGCUCGACACCCUCAAGUUCCAGAUGAGCACCGAGAUCAUGGACUACCAGAGCAAACUUAAGACUGCCAGUGAAGAGUGCAGGAGCCUCCAGGACCAGCUGGAGGAGCGAGGCCGGCAGCUGCGGGCUGCCGAGGAGGCCAUGGGGAAGCUGGAGGCCGCCCAGGCAGGUGUGGGAGAGGAGCUGAGCCGCACCAGCGCGCACCUCUUGGAGUGCCAGGCCGCCGUGCUGAAGAAGGACCAGGAGGGGGCCGCCCUGCGCGAAAACUUGGACAGGACCCAGAAGGAACUCGAAAAGGCCACAGCAGAAAUCCAAGAGUAUCGCAGCAAACUCUGCCAGGAGGUGACAGACCGGGAGAAGAAUGACCAGAAGCUGCUGGCUGACCUGGACGACCUGUCUAGAACCAAGAAGUACCUGGAGGAGCGGCUGAUAGAGCUGCUCAGGGACAAGGACGCCCUCUGGCAGAAGUCCGAUGCCCUGGAGUUCCAGCAGAAGCUCAGUGCUGAGGAGAAGCUGCUUGGGGACGCAGAGGCGAACCACUGCCUGGACUGCAAGCGGGAGUUCAGCUGGAUGGUGCGGCGGCACCACUGCAGGGCCUGCGGCCGCGGUUUCUGUUACUACUGCUGCAGCAACUACGCCGUGACCAAGCCGGGGGGCAAGAAGGAGCGCUGCUGCCGGGCCUGCUUCCAGAAGCUCGGCGGGGGCCGGGCCUCCCCCGACAGCACCAGCUCAGGCGCCAGCCAGGGGCAGCCCAGCCCCACCCCGUCACCAGCCCAGGCUGGGCUCCAGGCCACCGGAGGCCAAGGCGCGCACACAGACCUCCGGCCCCCGGACGACACCAUGUUCGACAUCAUCACGGACGAGGAGCUGUGCCAGAUCCAGGAGUCCGGCUCCUCCCUUCCUGAGACACCCACUGAGGCCGAUUCUCUGGACCCGAGCGUGGCCGAACAGGACGCCACGUCCAGCUCGCUGACCCCGGAGGACUCCGAGGACAUGCUGCUGGGGCAGGACGCGGAGAUCCGCCUGCUGCGGUCCGGAGAGCUGAUGAUAAAAGUGCCCUUCACAGUGGAAGAGAUCACCAGCUUCGGGGAGGGCAGCCGGGAGCUGUUCGUGCGGUCCAGCACCUACAGCCUCAUCCCCAUCACCGUGGCCGAGGCGGGCCUCACCAUCAGCUGGGUCUUCUCCUCCGACCCCAAGAGCAUCUCCUUCAGCGUGGUCUUCCAGGAGGCCGAGGACGCACCGCUGGAACAGUGCAAGGUCCUCAUCCCCGCGACCCGCUGCGGCUCCCACAAGGAGAGUGUCCGGGGCCGGCUCAAGGUCCGCGCGCCGGGCGUCUACCUGCUCGUCUUCGACAACACCUUCUCCAGGUUUGUCUCCAAGAAAGUGUUUUAUCACUUGACGGUUGACCGGCCGGUGAUCUACGAUGGAAGUGACUUCCUGUAGCCCUGGGCACCUGGGUUUUCAGUUUCACUUUAGCCACAAGAAACGCUACCUUUCUCACCUGUCACAUAAAACACUAAAACAAAAACAAACAACAAACAGCCAGGCCCUCCAGGGCUGAUCAACUAUGCAACUCCGGGCGGCAGGCCCUCGCUGCCCCUCACAGCUGCUCUGGGCGUCGGCUCGCUUGGCCCGGGCCGAGGGGGCUCCAGCAGCGUUUCCCUCAGUGAGGGGCCUGGCCGGCUCACAGCCCGGGGGGUGCUCUGCCGAAGGAAGGGUUCCACCACGCUGCCCACUGCCCCCCACCGCCCCCCGAGGACACAGUUGGUUCCAAGGCUGCUGCAGAGAGGGUCACAGGCCGGCCAGCAGCGACACCCGCGUCUGCCCGCGGAGCGAGCUGCCCUGCUCUGCCCGGCUGGGCCCAGGCUUCCUGCGUGGCCAUGAGCCGGGGCGCCCUUGCCAGACCCUGUGAUGUCCUGGGUCCUCCCGGGACUCAAGAGUCGGGGUGCCCAGGGGCCCUUCUGAGCUCUCAGCCAGCCUCUUCCCGUCAUGCUCCUGUCCCUCCCUGUCCCGGUGAGUCCGGGGUCGUCCCCAGACCCAGCCUUUCAGGAGGCCCCCGGCUGCGCCAUCCCCCUGGCCCCCUGUCGGCAUGCUUCCGUCCCGAGGCAGAGGCCCUCACCCCCCCGGGCUCUCGCCUGUUCAGAACGCCACCCUGACUGCGAGAACCGAGGACACAUCUGGAAACAGGACCCGUCGCACUCAGAGCCUGCAGCGGCUGUCUGUGCACAGCUGGCUGAAGCCUAGUGCUGGCCAAGGUCAAUGCCACGACGAAGUAGGGUCAGGCCGUGGCCUUGAGGUCCCGCUUCUCAGCUGACGAUCUCUGUUUACACAAGCGAGGGCUCCGGCUUUAUGUGCAGACGCGUGUGCUAAUGAUCGUAGGGUGAGGACCACUUUCAAACCAACAGGUCUGGGGUGACUCGCGUGUCAGCAGGUGUGGUUCGUGAAUCUGCCCUUUGCUCACCUUUUGGCCUCAGCUCCCCCGCUGGCCAGGUUCCCCACACUGCACCUGCCCACUUCCUGCGGCUCAGCCCGUGCCUGGCAACCAGGGACCCCUCCGCCGCAGACAGAUCAGCCCUGCUUCCUCUACACGGACAAGAAGGAGAUAAUCUUUCCGUUCUCCUGCCCUUUCUCUGCCGCAGAAAGUCGUCUUUGAUGGCCUGUCUGUACCUGUUGGGGGUUAGGGGGGGAGCAAGCGUGGGGCCCCGGGCAGUCCUCUAGGUCGCCUGGUGACCAGGGCAAGUCACAGCGCCUCAGGGCUUCGUUCUGUCACCUGCCAGUCUCACUGGGCUGGUUCUGAGGGCCUGGGACAGGUCGGCGGCCCAGGCUGAGUCCAGCAGAGACUCCGCGUGCCCUGGGCCCCGGCAGCGUGCUCUCCUGGGGGCCGGGUGGGAGGAGAUGACCUUUGCAAUGGACUCAGACCCUCCCCUUUAAACAGGAGACUUGGGUGUCUCCAGUUCAUUUAAACGGGGACUGGUGCACAGAACCUUCCAGAGAAAAGGUGGGCCUGAUGCUCUCUUUGGAGCAGCCUCUGGCAGAAAGCCAGCAGAGUCUCUGCCCUCUCCUGCUGGCCAGGGCCCUCGGCCCCGUGCUGGCCCUCGCGGGUGUGCGGCAGCGCGAGGGUGGGCUGUUCAGGGCACCUGCCCUGCCUUCCAAUGCAGCCGCCCUGCAGGAGAGGGAAGCGGGGAGUAGCAGGUUCACCGUUUGCAGGGAAACGACAGUUAGAAGAGAACCCUAAGCAGCCUGGCGUCUCAUGAGUACUGAGCUUUCCCCGGACACUGGAGACAGUCCGGGCUGACGGCCCUCCCCUGGUGUCGCCACCAUCCGCAGCCAGAGCCAACAUCUAGCAGAUGCUGAUCUGUUCCCUGCGAAAGGCCGGGAUACUCCAGCAGAGCGGGUACAUUCCUGCUGCAGCUUAAAAAAACGGCGUGGCUCUUCGACCCAGAGCCACCCUGGAGAGCACCCUGCGCCGUCAGCUGCGGUUGUCGAAGGGCCUUUGCCGGGCUCAGAGGACCGCCCGAUUGCUGGUGGCCGCGGCCUGCCCCUGCAGCCUGUUUGUUUUUUGUGCCUGACGGACCCCUGUCCUUUGUUAUUUUGCCGUGCGAGCUCGAGUUCGCUGUGCACUCUGCAGCUGGAGAACAUCUUGCCCUAUUUAAGUGGUUUGUACAAAUAGCUUUAUUAUUUUUAAACAGGCCCCCAGCUUUACUGAGGCUCUGGGGUUGGGGUACCUUUUAAAAAUGCAAAUGACAGCGAACUACCGAAGGCGGUAGCCCGGGCAGUAGACGAAAUUACACUAGAGAUCAGCAAGGGGGAGGUGUCCCUGGGACCCCAGAUCACGCACAAACACCUGCACAGCAGCCCCUCCAUGGCCCACAGCUCUCUAACAGCCACUUGUUUUUAGUGCUGACGCUGGCUGUCCCCACAGCCUCAGGAGCCACUGAACCUCCCUGAGCACGUGGCCUCCGGGGGCACAGGCAUCCACGAGGAAGUGUGUGGAGAAAGUGUGGUCUCUGCAGAGCUCUCUGGCCGGAGCCCACGGGCCGGCAGGUCGGCUGAACAAGAGCAGACGCAUUCUCACGCAGGGUUCUGGGACUGAAACCCCCCACCCCGGGGUUGGGGAAGUGGAAAUUAAAAAACAUGUACUCCGAAGUAAAGGGGGUGGCUUUUCCAGACGGUUGUCACCCACCUAUGGUGGCAAAGUCCUUCCAGGCUGACGUGAACAGAAGUCCCCCAUUUGGGGAUGAAGGCUCAGAGUCUUUAUGUCCUGGUGCUGGUAGACGCCCCCCAAGACAGUGUCACGGGGAUUCCAUCUCGUGAGUGUCCCUGGCCCAGGACACUGGGGGGUUCGAGCAGAGAAGCCGUGCUCGGUGCUUGGAGCCCAGGGCCGCCUGCACGGGGACUGCCGCGCCAGCCCUCCACCGUGAGAGACACGCAAAAGGCACUUUUUAGGGGAAACUUGGGUAAGUUUUUCUCAUUGUCAUUCUUUCAAGGAAAUGGGAAAGACCGAAGAGAGCUUUUUCCCCCUUAAUCACUUUUUUAAAAUAAUGAAGUAGACCGUUGAAUUUUGGGAGGCAUCCCUGAUAGGAACGCCCCUCCCGUGGAACUUCAUGCCGGGUUGUCCGGAGACGCGCCUGCCUCUGGUGGCUGCCACACCGGGGCCUCUGCUGCUCAGCCUCCGAUUGGAAUUGCACUUGAACUGACUAGUCCUCAAUUCUCGCGGCCUUAGGGGACAGCGGGUCUGGGAACCCAGUCCCUCCUUAUCUGCCAAAGAAUUACCCAGAAGCACAUCAGAUGCCAACCCCCCACCUGCCCGGCGGGGGUGAGAAACUUUGUACCCCAAACAUUUCUUUAUAGCAUCUGCUGCAUCACUUGGAAAUGUAUUUUUAACCUCAGGAUUUAAAUAAACACUAUGAUAUUGA